GAGGCAGUCGUUGUUUAUCACGACCUCACCUCAGUGAGGCCUGAGAUUCUCUCGAACAGGAGCUCUGCUUCCCAUGACGCAGAGCGAAGUGUCAGCUGGGAUAUUUCUGGUAAGACUGAAAGCAAGAAAAGCAGGGGGCACGGUUCACGAGGCACCAGCCCCUCAGGGGACUGUGGGAGGAUUUGGGCGCGAUCUCCAGUGACAGAUGGAUGGACCUUUCAUCUGCGAGAAAGGAGAAGAUAUGCCAGCAGAUCAACCUCAAACCCAAGAUUGCUUGUGAAGCAAUCAGAAAGGGGAAAACACACACACACACACACACAAGCUCGGGAGGCAAGGAGAUCAAAAGACCAAGAAGGGCGCGAACUGUGACCGACUCCUCGCUCCUGUAGCUUACUCACAGGAACCAGAAGCAAAAUGUCCCUGAAGCUGCCAAGAAACUGGGAUUUCAACCUGCGAGGCGAGGCCAGCAAAAUCGCUCGGUCAAGGAGCGUGAUGACCGGCGAGCAGAUGGCGGCCUUUCACCCCACGUCCACCCCCAACCCGCUGGAAAGACCCCUCAAGAUGGGCUGGCUGAAGAAGCAGAGGUCCAUCGUCAAGAACUGGCAGCAGAGGUACUUCGUGCUGAGGGCGCAGCAGCUCUACUACUACAAGGACGAAGAGGACGUGAAGCAUCAGGGCUGCAUGUAUCUGCCCGGAUGUACAGUCAAGGAGAUCGCCACAAACCCAGAAGAAGCGGGGAAGUUUGUCUUUGAGGUCAUUCCAGCCUCAUGUGACCAGAGUCGCACGGGACAGGACUCCUAUGUCCUCAUGGCCAGCUCCCAAGCGGAAAUGGAGGAGUGGGUUAAAUUCCUUAGGAGAGUCGCUGGCACACCCUCUGGAGCGGUGUUCGGCCAGCGCUUGGAUGAGACAGUGGCCUAUGAGCAGAAAUUUGGCCCCCACCUGGUGCCCAUCCUGGUGGAGAAGUGUGCAGAGUUCAUCCUGGAGCACGGCCUGAACGAAGAGGGCAUCUUCCGACUGCCUGGGCAGGACAACCUGGUGAAGCAGCUGAGAGAUGCUUUUGACGCGGGGGAGCGGCCCUCCUUUGACAGAGAUACAGAUGUGCACACGGUGGCCUCCCUGCUGAAGCUCUACCUCCGAGACCUCCCGGAACCAGUGGUUCCCUGGAACCAGUAUGAGGGGUUCCUGCUAUGCGGGCAGCUCAUGAAUGCAGAUGAGGCAAAGGCUCAGCAGGAGCUGAUGAAGCAGCUCUCCAUCCUUCCUCGAGACAACUACAACCUCAUGAGCUACCUCUGCAGGUUCCUGCAUGAAAUCCAGCUGAACUGUGGUGUUAACAAGAUGAGUGUGGACAAUCUGGCUACUGUGAUUGGCGUGAACCUCAUCAGGUCAAAGGUGGAAGACCCUGCUGUGAUCAUGAGAGGGACUCCUCAGAUCCAAAGAGUGAUGACCAUGAUGAUCAGAGACCAUGAAAUCCUCUUCCCCAAGUCUAAAGAUGCACCCUUAUCACCUCCUGCCCAAAAAAAUGACCCCAAGAAACCUCCAGUGGCAAGAAGUUCUGUGGGCUGGGAUGCUACUGAGGACACUCUAAUUUCUAGAACAGACAGCGUCAGUAACAUGGCGAGCGACUCAGAGACAACCAGCCCCACUGGACAGCAGCCAGGUGAUGGGUGUCUGGGAGACAGCAGCAAAGCAUCCAGGGAAAAGCCAGGAGACUGGAAGACACAAUCCCGGAAAAGGACUCAGACACUCCCUAACCGGAAAUGCUUCUUGACGUCAGCUUUUCAAGGUGCCAACAGCUGCAAAGCGGAGAUCUUUAAAAAUGAGUUCUGGUCCCCUUCUUUGGAGGGGGCGGCAGGGGAAGGGCACAGGAGAACGAUGUCUCAAGGUGUGCCGCAGUGUUUUGACUCCCAGAGGACUUCCACCUACGAUAACGUCCCCUCCCAGCCCAGGUCCCCUGGGGAUGCAGCAGCUGCACCGUUGUCUCUGGCUGAUGACUCCAAGAGAGAUGCUCUUGCCAGCCCAAACUCUGAAACCGGGCCUGGGAAAAAGAACUCUGGAGAAGAGGAACUUGAAUCUUUGCAGAGGAUGGUCCAGGAGCUGCAGAAGGAAAUAGAAACGCAGAAGCACAUGUAUGAGGAACAGAUUGAAAACCUCGAGAAGGAGAACUAUGACGUCUGGGCCAAGGUGGUGAGGCUCAAUGAAGAACUGGAGACGGAGAAGAAGAAGUCGGCAGCCCUGGAAAUCAGCCUCCGCAAUGUGGAGCGCUCCCGGGAGGACGUGGAGAGGCGGAACAAGGCCUUGGAAGAAGAAGUCAAGGAGUUUGUCAAAUCGAUGAAGGAGCCCAAGGCAGACGCUUGAGGGUCCCAGCAGCACCACAGAGAGAGCCUGCGGGGACUCCGCACGGCGCACUUUCUUGGUGCCCGCUGAUGACCAGGAGACAUAAUUGCUCCCCAGGAGGGAGAGGACGUUUGUGGGGAGAGCGUCCCACUUCCCAGUGAAUGAACCAGUGGAGUUUGCAGGAGGAUGAGGGUGAGCAGGGACUCGUGUGGACACCUCUGAGCCCCUGAGGCUGUAUUUCAAAGGCUUGCAUGAUGGUGGUCUCAGGCCAAGUGGAAGGGACCCUCCAGGGCUGGAUGGCUGUGUCCAAUUGAGACUUUGAAGCAGGCCACAUCCCAGGACCCAGGCCACAGACUGCCCCCAACAGAGGCUGGAUGGAGGCGUUAGUUCUUUGUUUCCUGUGUGGAACAACUCAUCUAGAAAGACGGCCUCUGAGACACAGGGGCAGCAAAUGAUACUCAGCUUUCGAGUGGGGUGCAGGGGUGGGCCAUGUUUUGAGGGGCUGCACCUGCUGAAGUCAGGACCCCAUUCUGCCACCCCCACUGUGAUGCACACUCUCCAGGCUUGGAGACUCAGAACUAGUAUCACACAAGGACAAAACAAGCAAUAAACUGUAUUUAUGAAUGCAGAAUCAAUUAGAAAAUUAUAUUCGAAUAAAGGGGGAAAAAAAAAAGAAGAAACAGGGCUGCUGUGAAUCUGUACAAUGCCUCUCUGACAGCAGAGGGCUCUCCUGCCUGGGGCAGGUGCACCCAGCUCUGGGCACAGGACCUGAUGAGCAGGGCACGGGCCGCUUUCCAAUUCCACUUGCCUUUCCAGUGGCCACGACCGCAUAGGGCGGGCCCAAAUGAUACGACUUCCUUAGAGGCUGGUUGGGGGUUUAGAUAGUGAUGGUCCCAAAAUGCAGGUGAUUUUACCUUUUAAAGGGACCUGAGGCACUUAAAAAAAUAGCUGGGAGAGGGGCUUCCUUAGCUGACAGCUGACUUUUCUUUCUACGUAAAGCCAUCUUGGCAGAGGUCCCUGGUGAGGCCCCCAGGCCUUGCUAGAUGGGAUGGUGGAUCUUUAACGGUUUUUGUCAUUGACAGGCAGUCUCCAAGCUCUUUUGGCCAUUUGAAAAUAUUUGUGCACACCCUCUCCCAUAUAGGUAUAUUUAUUUAUUUAUGACUUAUAUACGUGUGCUACUGUAUCGCUAGAUCACAGAUAUCAUAAAACGUACACAGGGAAGAAACUGAAUGAUGAUGAGAUAAAAACAAAUAUAAGUUUUCAAAUGUGCUUUCAGCUCUGGAGACCACUGCUGACCAAAUUCUCAGCAGGUAGCACCUGUAUUAAUGUAACAUAUUUCAUCCCAUUGCUCCCACAAAUUUACUGGAACUCUUGAAGUCACGUGGCUGAAUUGGUGAUUUGGAAUCUCCAGUUACCACAAAAAGAAUUGUGCCUUCCCCAGCAUCUAUGUCUCCUCCAUUAUUCCUUUUUUGCCCUUUGUUUUCUUACUUUCUCUGUGUUUCUUCUCUCUGGUUAAUCCCCGCUGCCCGUGGCCGUGAUGCGCUAUUCAGAGUGAAAGGGAUGGACGGGGUGGGGGUGGGUGGUGGUCAGUGGCUCUCAGUCCUGCCACCCAGGCCCCGCACCACCCACCCCCAGCUUCCUGAGGACCAGACGGACAAGGACAAGGAUGACACCUGGAGCUUUUCCUUAGAGACCUGCUUACAAAAGAUUAGGGUGCCGGGAGACUGAUUGGGAACAUUACUAAGUAAAGCAAUAAAGUAUUUGAUUUUCUGGA